GACGUCGGGGCGCGGCUGUACGGUGCUGAUGAGCCAGUGGACGUCUUUGUAGUACGGUGUCACUCCAAAGGCUUGAUCCGAGCUCGCCGCUACGCGCCAUGGGCGUUCUCCGCCUUGCGACCAAAUACGGCAUGGACCCUCUCCGGAAGAUCAUCAUGCAGUGCAUCCAGUCCGACUGGCCACAGACGCUACAGGAGUGGGACUACCUGCAGGCCUCAAUCGCGCACGCGCGCGAGCUCAAGCACGCCGCCCCAUCUAUGAUCAUGGAUCAGACCUCGGACGGCACGGGCCCGUGCCGGAGCCCGUACGUCGACGACUCGUACCCAGAGCCGGCGUCCGCGAUCCGCCUCGCGGUCGAGUUUGGCCUCGCGGGCGUGCUCCCCGCCGCGUUCUACCAGCUCGCGAUCAUCGAUCCGAGUGCGGACUGGGACGAGUUCCGCGACGCGGGCGACGCCGCGGCGGCGUGGGAGCACCAGUGCGCGCUCGCGAACGGCGGGCGCACCGCGCGCUGGACGCUGCUCGACCGCGCGAACCUGAUGCGCUUCCUUCGCGGGCGCACGAAGCUCGACGAGUGGCUCAGCGACAUCGAGGACUGCCUCACGUCGUACCUCGGCACCGCCGAGUGCGUCGACGUCUACCACUGUGAACGCGAGCGCGGCAACUGCCGUCGCCAGUUCCUGCUUGAGGGCCCCGGACGCACACGCCCGUUCGACCCGCUCCAGGCGACGCGGCACCUGGUCAACGUCAUUCCCAACUACCAGCUCUGCGGGGCGUGCGCACGGCACAUACGGAGUGAACUGCUGCGGGUACGGCAGGAGAUAUGGGAUGAGAUACCGACGAUGUUCAAUCUUCCUAUGGGGCCUUCUUCAUCGUCUGCGUCGUGACUCGGACCUUUUCAGUGACUUGUAUUGUACAUAUACCCACGAACUGCUGUACCGCCCGUGUACAUGUAGUCGCAACCGUGUCUCGUGUCUGCAAAAUUAUGGUAGAUCUGUACAGUAACUAGCAUUUCCAUACAUGUUACAGCUUGGAUUGUUUCGGAUUUUCUAUGUAUGUAACAUCCAUAAUCCCCUGGCACGGAGUGUCAGAGAACAUGCAUGCACACUGAUCAAGUUACACCACACACGUUCGGCCGGAACAGCCAUCACUUCACAUCCGCGCCAAAUGAGACUUACACGAGCAUAUGAAAACAACAGAGUACACAAGCGAUACCAUGGGACAUGCGGCACGAUGCAGUGUGAAAAAAGAUGAGGGUAUUCAAUAGGCAGAGUAUCGCCAAAUCGCAAACUAUUAGGAGUGACUGACAAACGGAUGCGCGAGUUACGUGCCUAGUAGGUGAGCGUACGAUCAUCAUAAAAAGAAAACAGCGCCAACAGACAGACCCUCCGAUGCUACUAUAAAACAUGCACCGGUAGCGUCGCCGUUGUAAUAACCCGUCGUCGUAAAGUAAGAGCGGUGAGCGAAUAAUGGUAAAGAGAAGGCAUGGGGAACAGCGGCGACUUGAUAUAAAAAAGGGGGGAAUCGCAAGGCAAGUUCCGGAAAACCAAAGAUAAGCUGCGAACUUGAGAGGAAUGGGCAUUAGAGCGAUGGGACAGUCGUGAAGGGUCAUCAACAAGAAAGGAGAAAGAAAGCGCAUCGCAGGUAUAUAGCGCCUAUGCGGCAGCAGCGACCUGGGGCGCGGCAGCAUGGGGCGCAACAGCAGGGGCCUCAACCUUGGGCUCCUCGGGUGAUGCUGGUGCCUCGGCAGCGGGUGCGGGCACAGUCUCCUGGUCCGCAGGGUUCUCCAGGGGCGCGACGGGAGCAGGUUCCUCAAUCUUGGGAGGAGCAUCAUCCUCGGCCUCGGUGACCUUAGCAGGGACAGCAGGCUCCUUGUGUCUGGGCUUGAAGAAGUCACCGACACGCGCAGACAGGCGGCGGCCAACCUUGGGAGACUUGGGCUUCUCCUCCUUCUACCAGGUGACCCGAUCAGUCG